UGACCAGACAGCUGGGAAAUAACAUUUCUGUUGUUGUUGCGUCGGAGUUCGGACGUGUGUCGCGUCCGUGUCGCUCGCGAAAUUUAUUUAAUUUUUUCCAUUGACUUGCACAAACCGGAACUUGCUAAGAAUAAGACAAGUCAGUUGUACAUUGUGUUAGUUAUGCAAAAGUAGUAAACAUAAUCGCAGUGCGCGUAAAGUAUCAAUGCGAAUAUAAUUAUGUUGUAUGCUUUUUAGUCAAAAUUAUAAAAACAACACAACUAACAAGCAGUAAAUAAGCGGAAAGAAAGAAAGAAAAAAAGUGAGGCGCUGUUGACGGCGAGUGCUUCUGUGUGCGUAUAUAUGUGUGUGCGUUGGUGUGCAUAGCCUGCAUAGCAGUGUGAGCGUGUGUUUGUGUAAAGUAGAAGCAGCAACAGCAGCCGCCGCCGCAGCAGGCAGAUAAAAAAAAAAACAAAUCAAAAUGGCGCACCAACAACAACAAUUGGCACAAUCGGUGAAUUGUUCAUUGGAUGAUAUCGAUUUGACGUCACUAAAGGAUCCUGCAGGUAUCUUUGAGCUUAUCGAGGUCGUUGGCAAUGGCACCUAUGGCCAGGUCUACAAGGGUCGUCAUACGAAAACUGGUCAGUUGGCUGCCAUAAAGGUGAUGGACGUCACCGAGGAUGAAGAAGAGGAGAUUAAGCUGGAAAUCAAUGUGCUUAAGAAAUACUCAAAUCAUCGCAAUAUUGCCACCUAUUAUGGAGCCUUCAUUAAGAAAUCGCCACCGGGCAAAGACGAUCAACUAUGGCUGGUUAUGGAAUAUUGCGGCGCUGGUUCCGUCACCGAUCUGGUCAAGUCCACAAAGGGCCAGAGUCUCAAAGAGGAAUGGAUCGCAUAUAUUUGCCGUGAAAUCUUACGCGGCUUAAGCUAUUUGCACUCGAACAAAGUCAUACAUCGCGAUAUCAAGGGACAAAAUGUGCUCCUCACAGAUAAUGCUGAGGUUAAACUGGUUGACUUUGGUGUCUCGGCACAAUUGGAUCGCACGAUAGGCAGACGCAACACAUUCAUUGGUACACCCUAUUGGAUGGCACCCGAGGUCAUUGCCUGCGAUGAGAAUCCCGAUGCCACAUAUGACAAUCGCUCCGAUCUGUGGUCUCUCGGCAUCACGGCAUUGGAAAUGGCUGAGUCACAGCCACCGCUCUGCGAUUUGCAUCCAAUGCGUGCACUUUUCUUGAUUCCACGCAAUUCGCCACCACGUCUCAAAUCCAAGAAAUGGUCCAAGAAGUUUCACGGCUUCAUUGAUACGGUGCUAGUGAAGGACUAUCACCAGCGGCCUUACACCGAGAAUCUAUUGAAGCAUGCGUUCAUUAAGGAUCAACCAACGGAUCGACAGGUGCGCAUCCAGCUGAAGGAUCACAUCGAUCGCUGCAAGAAACGCAAGCAGGAGAAGGAACGCGAAGAUUAUCGCUACUCCGGCUCUGAUAAUGAUGACGAUGAGCCGCAGCUGCCGGGUGAGCCCAGUUCCAUAAUCCAGGCGCCGGGUGGCGACACAUUGCGUCGCAAUUUCCAGCAGAUCCAAGAGGGUCGCAUUGCUGCCGAGCAGCAGCAGCAUCAUCAGUUGCUUGCCCAGGCGCAGGCUCAAGCUGCGGCUGCUCAUGCCGCUGCCCAGGCGCAGCUGCACCAGCAACAGCAGCAACAACAACAACAGCAGGCGGCGGCAGCAGCCGCAGCGGCGCAUGCAGCGCAACAGGCGCAAGUGGCACAACAACAGGCACAGGCUCAACAGCCACAGGCGAAUCGACAACAGAAACCACCAUCGCGUCAGCAGAUUGAGGAACCUGGUCCGCCAGCACGCCCACAAUUGCCACAGCGUUUGAUUGUGGUGCCAGAUCCACCACAUGCCAAUCGGCCAUUGCCACCGACACCGAAGUGCGGCGAGCCCGCGGCUCAAACACCGCCACAGCAACAGCAGCAACAACAACAACGCAGCUCGCAGAACAAUUUCAAGCCAUCGUUACCACCAAGGAGACCUGAGGAUCAUUUAGAUGUGUUAGCAGCACAAUUAAAUGAAUUGGGCGUGGUCUCCUCCCAACAGCCGCAGCCACAGACAGCAUCAAGCGGCGGUGGACAACAGCAGCAGUUGGCACAACCGGAGGCGCCACCGCGCAACAAUCGACAAUCCGGUGCAUCAACCGGCAAUGGAGCCAUCUGUGUAUCGGCCUCAUCAUCAUCAUCCAAGCCGGCGGCUUCACUGCCACAGCAGUCGAACAAUCAUUUGGGGCAACCCGUCAAUCCGUUGGAUCCACUCGACAGCAGCGACUCGGACAGCGAACCGGAUGAGCCCAACGAUCGGGCACGCAACGAUGGCACACUUCUUGCCAGCGAUCCGCCCAAACCGCUGCCCGGCCUGGGACCCGUUUCGGAGGAUUCAACUACAACAACGACCACACCGUUGACUCACGGCAGCGGUGGUCCACCCAAUCGACCCUUGCCACCGACGCCGGAUGACGAUGAUCAAGCCGGAGACCGUACGCUGAUCAUGAAGCGCAAAUUAGAACAAAACAUAAAUCGCUUACAAAAAUCCGCUUCCACAUCGCACGCGCCUAAAAGAGGCGACGAAGCGAAACUUUUGCGUGACUGGGACUUUGAUAAAUUCUUUCCAAAGAAACCCAAUGGCAGUGCUGUUGGUGGUGCAAGCAGCAGCAGUGGUAGCGGCAGCGGCAGCAGCACCACAGCCAGUCUCAAUCGUAGCUCAUAUUUGAGCACAUUGAAGGUGGAGGCGAAGCUGCAGCGGGCAAGCGUUGCCGAAGCCAUAGCACGUCCAGUUCCAAAGGGUUAUCAGCCAUUAAAGGGCGCCAGUUCCUCCUCUGCCGCCAGCAAUGCCAAAGAGCGCGGCAGCAGCAGCAGCAGCAACAACUCGACACAGCAGCAGCAGCAACCGCAGCAUAAACGUCAAGAGUCUGACUCAAAGUUGCCAAGUUUUGUGCGUAGUUUUCGACGUGAAAAUUCCGAUUUUUUCCCGUUAACAAAACGUCACUCUGCAGUGCUAAGCAGUAGAAGCAACGACAACAACAACAACGGCAGCAACAAUGCACAGUUGCAGUCGCCGUCGCUUGUUCAGGCGCAGCGUGCAAGUGCCGUGUACCAAAGGAACAGCAUUUACAAUAGCAGCAACAGCAACAACAGCAAGGAUGCUGCUAACAGAGCCAAAGCGGCAACGUCCACUGCCAGCAGCAACAAUGCAGCAGCAGCAAAAGCAACAACCACAGCAGCGGCAGCAGCAAAAACAACAACUACAUCUGCAGCAGCAGCAGCAGCACCAACGAAAUCCAGUUGGGCUAAUUUAGAUUUUCUGCGUCCGCGUCGCGAAAAGACUGAGUCUGUAAUUGUGCUGCAAAAUGCAGCAGCGCGUGCACAGCAACAUCAACAACAACAACAGCAGCUACAACAGCAACAACAGCAGCUACAGCAGCAGCAGAAUCGUGGUGUAGCCGGGAGCGGUGCUGGAGGGGACAACAGCGGCCUUGGUACCCCGGGCACCCGCACCAGCAGUGUUCUACCCGAUCUACUCAGCCAGGCAUCGCCGGCAACGCCACCGCGCCACGAUAAAUCAUCCAGUGAGGAGUAUCAAGCGGCCAUUAGUUCAUCCGUGCAUUCCACGCCAUCGAAAUCGUUUAUCGCUAGCAGCUGCAGCGCCGGAGGCGUCGCCGUCGGCGUCGGCGGUCACGGUCAUGGCGGCGGCAGCGUUGUUGGUGGUGUAAUUAUUAGCAGUAAUAAUUCACCACAGUCAACAAUAUCGCUGACCUCAUCGACAUCGAAUUCUCGCCAAAAUUCGCCAAAGAAUUCGAUUAGUAAAACGCGUUCUUCCAGCAGUAUUACUAAUUUAUUGCAUAAAUCUGCUUCUUCCUCCUCCGCGAACAUUCUACACCUGACUCCAACAUUGAAUGCCUCCGCCUCCCCCUCAACGUCUUCCAUCUCCAAUUCACACUUGCCACCACACGCAUUUGCGUUGCAACAGAAACAACGCAGCUUUCUCACCUUUGGCUUCGGUGCCGGCGGCUCGGGUCCGACACGUCGUGAGUCGACCGUCAAUGUGAAUGUGACGCCCACAUCUCAUGAGGCGGCCAAUGAUACGCCCGAGAUACGUAAGUAUAAGAAGCGUUUCAAUUCGGAGAUACUCUGUGCAGCGCUUUGGGGCGUCAAUUUACUGAUUGGCACAGAGAAUGGACUCAUGCUACUCGAUCGCUCCGGUCAGGGCAAGGUCUAUCAGCUCAUCUCGCGUCGCCGUUUCCAACAGAUGGAGGUGCUAGAGGGUCAAAACAUAUUGGUAACCAUAUCGGGCAAAAAGAAUCGGGUGCGCGUCUAUUACUUAUCCUGGCUAAAGUCCAAGAUCUUGCGCACCGAUGGUCUAUCUGAUCAAGUGGAACGUCGCAAUGGCUGGAUAAAUGUGGGUGAUCUACAAGGUGCUGUACAUUUUAAGAUUGUCAAAUACGAGAGGAUUAAGUUCCUAGUGAUUGCAUUAAAAGACUCGAUUGAAAUUUAUGCAUGGGCGCCCAAACCAUAUCACAAAUUUAUGGCAUUUAAGAAUUUUGGUGAACUGGAACACCGCCCCCUUUUGGUCGAUCUCACAAUUGAGGAUCAGUCGAGACUGAAAGUGAUUUAUGGUUCCGCUGAGGGUUUCCAUGCGGUUGAUUUAGACUCGGCUGAAGUAUACGAUAUAUAUCUUCCUAAGCAUACUCAGGGUGCUAUCAUUCCGCAUUGUAUUGUGGCGCUUCCAAACUCAAAUGGUAUGCAACUACUGCUGUGCUAUGACAAUGAGGGCGUCUAUGUGAACACUGCCGGACGGGUAUCCAAGAACAUUGUGCUGCAGUGGGGUGAGAUGCCCACCUCUGUAGCCUACAUAGGCACUGGACAAAUUAUGGGCUGGGGCAAUAAAGCAAUAGAGAUACGUUCGGUUGAGAGCGGCCAUUUGGAUGGUGUGUUUAUGCACAAGAAGGCGCAACGCUUGAAAUUCCUUUGCGAGCGCAAUGACAAAGUAUUCUUCAGCAGUGCCAAAGGUGCUUCAUCGUGUCAAAUUUACUUUAUGACGCUCAACAAGCCAGGAAUGGCCAAUUGGUAAAUGGUGCCCAACAACAACAGCAUCCCAACUGGCAACUGAUGAUCCAACAACAUUCAAUAUAAAACAACAUUUUCUUCUUAUUUUUACAACAAGCUAAACAACAGCAACAACAACAAAUAUCUAAAGAAAACACACACACACACACACAACAUUAGCUCGUUUAAGUGAAAAGUGCAUAAUUUAUAAGUGAGAACAUCCUAUACAUAAUACACACCACACAAGAAACUCACCACACUGACACACAAACACAGACACACACGAACGUGAUGAUGUGCUUAUGAAAAUUCACCACAAGAAACGUUUCAAUUAGUAAAUGUGCUAUAAAGUUAAACUCACGCAAAUUGAGAGUGCACAAUUUUAAGCAAUCGUUAAGUAACGCAUUUGAUAAAAAACAAAAACAAAUGCUUAGAAAAACGCGAGAAAUUUUCAAAGCUCACUCGACGAGGUUUUCUUUUCCAUUAAUGAAGAAACGAACAGCAAAUAAAAAGUUGUUUUAUCGUAACAGCAUUUUAAUGUAAACAUUACAUACAUAUGUAUAAUGAAGUUACAUAACUACAUAAAUAGCAGUUUAUUUGUAUGCACACACACCCACGUACAGCCACAAACACACACACACACACCGCAAUUUCAUUUCAAAUGUCAUUUUAGAAUUGUGUGCAUGCUGUUUUUUUUCUACUUAUUAUUAUUUGCCUACAAGUUAAACUUAAGUUAAAGCAAGCAAAAGCAACGCAGCAAAUAAACAAAAAUCAAAUGAUACAAAAACAAAAGAAAGAAGCAAAACAAACAGAAGAAGAAGACGUAAGAAGAAACGUGCGUAUAUCGAAGAUAAUGAUCGAAUUGUGAGCAAAAUGCAAUUAGUUUUUCAUUGUUCUUGAUAACAAUCUAUUAGAAUUUAUUUGUGCGUUUUAAGCUAGUGCAAAAUGAAAGCAAAGCAACAUUUACAUUUAUAUAUGUAAAUUAAUAUUCAAAUUAAUAUCUCUGUAUGCUCAUUUUUAUGAAAAUUAAAAGGAAAUGAAACAAACAAAAACAAAAAGCGCCAUUGUAAAAACUAAGUGAUAGAAAGCAAAUAAAUAUUAUAGAAAUGCUGAGCGAUACAGAAAAUGAAAUGUUAUAAGCAGAAAAAAGCAAAUGCCGAAACAAUUAUGAUUGAUGAUUUAUGUGUAAAUUAAGAGACAAAAAGCAAGAAAAGCAGAAAGCAACACAAACAAAUGCUUAACAAAUUUAGAUGAAGAGUCAAGCAUAAAGCAAGCUAAACGAAAUUUGAACCUACUUAUGAAACAAUUGAUUGAAUGAAUGCAUAAAUUACAAAUUACAUAAAUAUGUCAUUUUGAAGACAACUACUUACCUUGAUAACGAAAAAAAAAAAAACAAAAAACAAAAACAAGAUUGGAGGGAAGAAUUUGAUGAACCUAGUUAAGCUGCAUUUUUUACUGAACUUUUAUACAGAACUAAAAAUGAUGAAACGAAAUUCUCUAUAAAAAGCUAGCAUGUUAAAAUUGAAAACUCAAUUAAUUAUGGUGACAAACUCUCCGCUUGUGUGCUGUGCAUUUCAAUGAUUUUCAAUUUCCUUUGUGUUUCUUUUCAUCACAUUUCAUGUGUGCUUAAAUAAUUAAAAUGGAUACGUUGCAAUAUACAAAUUCUAUAACAUUAUUCUAUCAAUCGGCACACACAUCAAACGCAAAAUGCAAAUACCACUUGCAAUACAUAUGUCAAAUUAUUAUGGCAGUUAAUGCUAAAAUUAUGAAUUAUUCUUCCUUGUUUUGUGUUGUUUUCUCAUGUGCGUCCCUCCCUUAAGAUAAAAAGAAAAAAACAAUAAUUGAAAAACCUACCCGUCUCAAUGAAAAA